AGCAUGUACACCGUAUAAAAGAUAACGUACAGUCAGAUGAAAGAUGCGACCUAGAAGAUGAGAAAUGCAGUGUGAUAUCACGUGAUGUCGUACCUAGCCAGUGUUAGGUCACGUGAAGUGUAUGGGUCCUGGGACAGUGAGGCCGUCAAGCCUCGUCUCACUCUUUACAGAAUAUUCGAGAACUUUAAUUGUUACAAAGAGGAUGAGCACAACAUGACAGCAGCAGAGGAGGGAGGGGUGGUUCCUCUUCCCUUUUCCUGCUCCUACUCCUCCCAAUCAAACACACAGCAUGUUGUAGCUGUAGCCAAUGAGGACGGCAAGGUACACCUGAUAAACACUGAACGAAGAAAGGGAGGAAGUAUAAAGACAUGGCAAGCUCACGUUAACGCUGUGUUUGACAUUGCUUGGGUUCCUACCGAGGAUAAACUGGUCACCGGAUCAGGCGAUCAGACGGCUCAGUUGUGGGAUGUUCCCACUUCUAAGUGUAUAUCAGUGUUCAAGGGACACACAUGUAGUCUGCGAAGUAUCUCCUUCAAGCACAACCACUCUGCUGUGUUCGCUACAGGAGCACGUGAUGGUAACGUUAUGAUCUGGGACACGAGGACUCGGCCUCUAAAAGCUGGCCACUACAAACCAGUUAACAUUCUACACGCAGUUCACACUACCCUGCCUACUACUGGUCCCGCUCAAAACAGACGAUCUAACAGCUCCCGUAAUACAGAAGCACAACAGUCAGUGACCACUGUUUUAUUUAAAGAUGAGAACAACCUCUACUCGAGCGGUGCUGCGGACGGUACCAUUAAAAUGUGGGACAUUCGCAGAUACUACACUACAGCUAAAGGUGUCCUGCAGCCGAGGCACGUGUACCCGUACGUGGGAUCAGCGUCCCGGAAACACGGGAUAUCAGCCCUGUCCCUGACGAGUUGUGGGUCCCGACUCUUCUCGAGUUGUACUGACGAUAACAUCUACAUGUACAACACUCACCUGGACACCAGGGACCCCGUGGCAGUGUUCUCAGGCCACACAAUCUCCACAUUCUACGUUAAAAGCUGCGUGACACGUGACAACGAGUUCCUGAUUAGUGGAUCUAGUUCUCAUUCUCUGUUCGUGUGGGACAUAAAACACCCGCUCCUACCACCCGUCAAACUGGACGGACAUUCUGGAGAAGUAACGAGCGUAGCAAGCAGUUCAAGUGACCUGGGUCAGAUAGUAUCCUGUUCAGACGACAAUACAGUCAGGAUCUGGAGACUCAACGAUCAGACCUCGCUUUGUAAGGACGGUUUCAAGUGUGGAACUGCCGACAGGCUGGCUACUCACACUCCUGUGUUGAUGACGUCACUUAAUCUGCUUGAUAACAAGGAGCACAACACAACUCCUGUUAGACCUGCCACCAGGACGACCAAAAUAACGAGAUUAACACCACGAACAGAUAAAAGUACCCCAAAAAGACCGGAUAAUAAUAACCAUGGUAACGAUACAACUCUCACCCCUUCACGAGCUACUCCUAACUCCAAAUUUACUCCUACUCCUAACAGACAAGAUAAGAGUCGUCUCCGAGCAAUUGUUGAGGAUGAAGAAGCACCCUCUUCAAGUCAAGAUCUCAGCAGCAGUUCUAAGACAAUUGAUAAGACCCCAGUGAGGUCCCCUGUUCGCCAGUCCCCGAGGAACCUCAUUCCUAGUUCCAGCUCUACAGCACAACAGAAAACACCAGGAAAGAUCUCAGCUUACUUCAGAUCAAACGGUCUGCUAUCUUCUGAGAAAAGAAAGACCGAUCAGUCUCCUCUAAGACAAUCACCUCGACUGAACAAGACCAAAGUUUCAAGAGGUGGAAGACGAAUCAGCACUCUUGAACUAGAAUCUGCAAACAAGCUCAUGACUUGGAAGACGGUCGAGAGUAAACAUGUUGACGAGCUAUCGAGCUCACCUAAAGUACAAAACGUCCCCAGCCCUAAGAAAAAACCGAAGAGAAAAGAAAAAACCAACAAAAACUCAACUGAACUCAUCGCAACCCCAACUAAAAGUAAACCUGAGGAUGAUCUAAUGUCUACAUCAGGGCCAAAACAACAAAUAAAAAGUCCGGUAAAGAUAAGUUCUCCUUGCAGCAGCCGAACCGAUCAAGACUUAUUACCUGAUCUGAAGGGAACAAGUGUGGCAACUCAGAGCGGUUCCACGGUGGGAUGCAGUGUUGGAACACAGACCUUAUCUCCACUGGAAUGUACCAGCUUAUGCAAGAGCUGCUGUAGAAACUUCCCUCCCCUCUACUGUGCCCCCAAAUCUCACACACCCGCAAGUACCGUGGGAGUGGGGGGCAGUGUGUGUACUCCAUCUACUGUUGCCACAGAUCUGACCCCCCGCAGCUGCUCCAACUCUUCAAUACCUCGUCCCAAGAGAAUACACGCUCAGUCAGACAUACCAACCACGCCCACUAAGGGUCACGCUCAGGUCUUAAAACAAACUUCUCCUGAAAAUAAGGAGAACUCCGAACAAAGAGUUAGGAGAAAGUUUACAAAAACAGGAACCCCAAUCCACCGCGGUAACUGUCGGUGUAAGUUCUGUGUCUCAUCAGCGACUGAGUUUUCCGAGCUCUCAAACUCGCCCAUCCUUGACAUGCCAUCCCGACCCAGGAAACGACUGCUCAGCCACGAGUACAGCGCUGAGAGUGUACCUAAGAAAAGGAAGUCGUUGUUCAGGUCUGGUUCGGAGGUGGGCUCCGAUCACACAAUGAGAAGCUGUAGUCCGUACUUGGACAGCAAAACGGACUGUGAGGAGAAAAAACAGGCGGGUGAUGAGGCCAUCACGGUUACGCGGUGGCUUGGAGGCAAAAUAGGGGACGCUAGACCACUUGAUACUGAGGAAGGAGAGGAAGAUAUAGAACAAGGAGCUCAUGAUCAGGGUGAAAAUGAUGGCAUAGAAAACGGAACAGUUUCAGGACACUAUGAUCAUGAUCACAGUCAGUGUUCUACUUUACAUUGUAUACGGUCUUAUUUCACUAAGAAAUCUUGACAGAUUGGGGAUAUUUCAGUUUUAAUUAUUUAUUUUAACUUUUUAAAGGAUCUUAUAGUUAUUGUUUUUAAGUUUGAAAAGGUUGACAUGAUUAUUUUAAAAUUAAUUUAUAACGAAGCGUUUAGUUUUAAAAAGGAGAUUAUUACUUGUCCUUAAUCAUACUGGGCGGCACUCAGCCUGUCACUCGGCCACACAUUCGUUAAAAAAAUACACACAUGAAUAUUUCCACACGUAUGAAAUUAUCUAUUGAACAAGCUGCUGACGAUUUAUUAUUUCGGCUUCUACUAUUAUUCACUCGCCAGCGCGGUAUCAGUAUCAC